AUGGCUGCACAACAGGUAGCUUACUACGAACUCUACCGAGGGAGCAGCCUUGGUCUGUCACUUACCGACACUCUCGAUGAUUUGAUCAAUGAAGGUCGCAUCGAGCCACAGUUGGCCAUGAAGAUUCUCUCCACCUUUGACAAAGUCGUGACUGAAGUUCUGGCUGAUAAGGUCCGGGCUAGACUCACAUUCAAGGGUCACCUCGAUACCUACCGAUUCUGCGAUGAAGUGUGGACCUUUUUGAUCAAGGACGUAUCGUUCAAGCUGGACAACCAGACCACAGUUACCGCCGACAAGGUCAAGAUUGUGAGCUGCAACAGCAAGCGCCCUGGCGAAGUUUGA